UCGAAGCCAAAUUUGUGCCACCGCAUUGUACACAGAGUAUGUCGGAGCUAUGGUCACUUCGCGCUCGCCAGUGGUGAAGGUGUGACUAAGUGACUUUGAGUCUAACAGUAUUGAAGAGCGUGUGGCAGAUAUUGGCCCGGCGCGUACACGGUACAUACAGUGACCAGUCACCAGUGCGCGGUGGUGGCUGAAGACAUUCUGAGUCACGAGCACGCGUACCAGUCUGAGCGGACGACUCGCGGAGCAGCCACGGCCCACCAACUCGGUCCCAUCCUCUUCGUCCAACUCCCGUUUUGACCUUUCAUCUUCAACCCCUGCUUUGCACACAAAUCAUGACUUCACAGCCGAGCAAGCCGAUAUUCAAGAGAGAAAAGCCGCUACACUCGGUCAUCGCGGGGACGACCGCCGGCGCGGUAGAAGCAUUCGUGACGUACCCGACGGAAUAUGUUAAGACGAGGUCGCAGUUCAGUGGUCAGAGGCAGAGCCCAUGGACCAUCAUUCGGGAGACGGUGAAGACGAAGGGGCUGCCAGGGUUGUACUCUGGGUGCAUGGCCUUGGUUGUUGGUAAUUCGGUCAAGGCUGGUGUACGGUUCCUGUCGUAUGACCAGUUCAAGCACAUGCUGGCCGAUGCGGAGGGUAAAGUCACGGCGCCAAGGAGUCUCGUAGCUGGUCUGGGCGCGGGUAUGAUGGAAGCCGUUUUCGCUGUGACGCCCUCAGAAACAAUCAAGACCAAGCUCAUCGACGAUGCAAAGACCCCAAACCCAAGAUAUCGUGGUCUCAUCCACGGCACAGUCUCGAUCGUUCGCGAAGAGGGCAUCGGCGGCAUAUACCGCGGGCUUUUCCCAGUGAUGAUGCGACAAGGCGCGAAUUCCGCCGUUCGCUUCACGACAUACACGACACUCAAGCAAUUUGUCCUCGGUACCGCGCGACCAGGGCAGAACCUCUCCGGCGGGAUGACCUUCGGUAUCGGCGCCGUUGCCGGGCUCGUCACCGUCUACACUACCAUGCCCCUCGAUGUGAUCAAGACGCGCAUGCAGAGCCUAGAAGCAAGACAGGCGUACCGCAACUCGUUCCACUGCGCCUACCGGAUCUUCACAGAAGAGGGCCCCUUGAGGUUCUGGACGGGCACGACCCCGCGGCUGGCGCGGUUGGUGAUGAGCGGCGGUAUAGUCUUCACGGUGUAUGAGCAAAUUAUCGCGGCAUUGGGCGGCCGAUCGACGUAGUCAGCUUGGUCCCCGAGGUAUAUGAAUUGACAUAGCGUAGACGAUAUUCGCCAACCCCUCACGAACACGAACGACGGUUUUGCGGCGCAACCG